AACGUUUAUAAAAUGAGUUAACGAGAUUUGAGUAAUUUGAUUUCAAUCAAUCCCAACGAUCCCCAGCAAUAUUAAGACUUGCUGGCUUAUUAUCGAUCUAAAUUGGGAGAAUUCGAGAAGGAAAGAUUUGAGUGGUUAACAAAGUUAGAGGAAAUCAAAAUUUAAUAUGAGGACAAACAUCAAUAGGAAUGGGAAUUACUAAAGAGGAAAUAGGAGAUCAAGGAGUUGUAAUAAACAGUGGGAGAGGCGAAAGUACAUAUAGAAAUUGAUGAAUUUAGUUAAUGCUAUUCGAGGAGAGAUAAGCCAGAUUGAAGUUGUAAAAGGAGAAUGACGCUUUGAAAGUGAGAGAAUUGGAGGAUAAAAAGAAGAUUGCUGAAUUGAUGGCUAUGAUUGAACCCAUUGAGGAAUAAGUAGUAUUAUCAAAAGAUUUAAGACCUGAAGUAACUACAAAAUAUACAGGUGACACAUUGGCCGUAAGAGAGAAGCAGGGGAAGUAUAUUGAAUCAAUUAAACUAUUUAGUGUUAAGAUGCACAAUAUCAACCAAGGGAGGAGCAUAUUAAAAACAGUGUAUAUGCCAAACGAAUAGUUGAAUGCAUAUUAGUUGGAGAAUGAAAAUUUGAAAAAAUAAGUUGAAAAUGCAGAAACUAUGUUGACUCAAUAAUUCGCAGCUUUGAGGGAGGAAUUGAGAGCAAAGGAAGUGGAAACCAAUUUAAGAAUAAAAGAAGACCAAUAGAAAUUAGAUUAAUUGGUUUAAAAAAUAUAAAAAUUGGAGAAACAAAAUGUAGAACUUGUUAAAGGUAUAUUUCAUAAAUAUAACUUAUUAUAGAUUGUUAUGUAUAAAAAUAGAAAUUUUAGAAUAAGGAGAGGUAGAUGCAAGAGGAUUUGGAAGUGGCAAAGUUGAAGAAUAAGAAAUUGAAGAUGGAAUUGGAUUAAAUCCAAAAGAAAUACAAUAUUGAAAAUAAGACAGCAUUAGAAUUGCUUGAAAAGAAGUCUGAUGAAUACAAUAAAAAAUUCAGAAGUCAAAUCAAAUCAAAAGAUGAGCAAUUGUCAAUCAUCAAAGAACAAUAUGAAUAAGUUUAGAAUAUUUAUAUUAACAAAAUAUAAUAAUUGGAAGAGAAUCUAUCCAAAUUAAUUGAGAAGUAUUAUUUCAUCAUAAAUUAGGUAUUAAUAAUUGGAAAAGAGAAGAGCCUUGGAAGUUGAAGGGUUUAAGAAUGACAUCAAGAUUUUGACCAAGAAAGUAAAGGAUUGUGAGAAAUCACAUGUGGAAAAAUAAAAUGAAAAUAAGUCACCUGAAGAUUUGGCUAAAUAUCAGGAAGAAGCCUAGUAACUCAAGUAGCAAUUAGCCAAGGAGACAGGCAUUAUCUAUUCUUCAGGAAAGAAGAAUAAUGCCAAUAACAAUAAUUAACAAUAAACUCUUAAGGUGAAGGGCAGUCAAUCAAGGGGAGCGUCGAAAACGAUGAAGCAAACCCACAAAUAAAACAAGAAGGGAAUCUAGAGUACAAUUUCAUAGUUGAUUUGUAGAUUAAAACGAUUAGAGAGAAGAUGAUGAUGCAUCUGAAUCUGUUCCAAUGCAUGAGUUGGAAGACUUGCAACGAUAAUUGGAUGAACUACAGUAUCAAAUGGAUGUAGCCAAGAAAUAAUGA